ACGAAAAAAAGGACGGCCUUUUUUACUUUUUUUUCAUCUCUCGCCAAUUCCCAAUUAAUCUUUUUAACUCUUUUUGACUUUUUUUCAUUUCAAUCCAUCUCUUUCACCAUUCUGCUACCUGCUUGUCAUCUCCUACAUUUUCCUUUUGCCAGUGGAUUACCUCCGCAUUUUUCAGCUGUUGUGAUGGAAGAAAAUACAUGUCAAGCCACUCGUGGACGGGCUUCUCUAGACAAGGUCAGAAAAGCUGUGAAUUCAUCAGUUGAGUUCCAUCCUGUCACUUUUAUGCCGCUUGGUGACCCUGGUACAAAGUAUACUAAUUGGGUAGGAUUGAAGACACGAACAUCUAUCUCGAUCCUCUUGGCUGACUGGAAGAAAGUUCAAAAAGUGCAAAAGGAUCGUUUGUGGUCGUCUAUUCAGAAACAUUGGAAUAUACCAAAUGACGAAAACACGUUACAUAUCAAGAAGUCCACCUUGAAGAUUGCUAAUACGUCAUGGAGGAACUUUAAGAAAAACCUUAUUCGUAUAUAUGUGCGGACGGGGAAAACCCCUUUUUCAAAAUACAAGUUCAUCAAAGAAGAGACAUGGAGAGAGUUCUGUCGCCUUAAGUCGACUCGUGAAUUUAUGGUUAAAAGCGCAAAAGGGAAGGAGCUUGUGAAGUUGAACAAGAACCCACACCAUCUAGGAUCACGAGGGUACCUUGGGAAGAAAGAUCAGUGGGCAAAAGAGAAGGAGCUAGGUAAAUGUCCGGAGUUAUUUAGCCUAUCAACUGAGCGAGCACGUGAAUUUCUACUAGCAAGGCGGGUUAAAGUUGGGCCUGAUGAAUAUGAGCUACCUGAGAACCUUUUGCCAUUGGCAAAUCAGAUUAUUGAAAAAGAACAUUUAGCACCGGGUGAAGAUUCUUUGGUGGCGGUGAUGGGAAAGGACCACUCGGGUGGCACUAGGGGAGUAAGUCACAAUGUCGGAGUGAGAACUACCCUUCCAGGCCUUGCAGGUAAGAAAAGAAAACACAAGGACAUGGAGUCGCUUAAAAGAACUAUUGAGGAUCAGGAAAAAGUGAUAAAAGAGUUGAAAGUAUCUAAUGUUAAAUAUGUGGAUCAACAAAAGCAUAUGCAGGAGCAAAUUCAUGCGAUCCAAUCACAACAACCGGGUCAAAGUAGAGGCCUUUUUACUCGGGCUAAAAACCAUGUAAAAAAGGCAUGUGUUUCUGGCAAAACAGACACACAAGUUUACGAAGAUGCAAACAACAACAAUGAAGCUCCAGAGAAUUAUGUAUUAGGAAGUAAUGAUGGUAAACUGAAUCACAUUGACACACAAAACAUAGCCGAGGGAUUAGGUACCCCACAUGUAGAGCAUUGUGUAGAAGAAUUGUAUAACAGCUACGAUGACUCGGUUCUUUCAUUUGGAUGGCCGAAGGAACCCACGACUAUACAGCUGGGUAUGCAACUUCCUAGAAAGGCUUCAACUUCUCAAAGUGGCACAAUUCUUGUCCAAGGCUACAAAGUGAAACAGAGUGUUGCACCAAUUCUUGAAGCCAUAUUUAAGAAACACGGUGAUAUUGCAGCUGAAUGUAUUUUCAAUAUAGCUUCUGUGAGAGCAUCUUUGCUUGAGGUUGUGUGCGAGGUUGUCAUGCAAAUUGAAGCCAAUGAUGUUAUUGAGAAAAUGGAAGAAAUUGAGUCCCAUUUGACACAGGCAGAGGCAGCUAAAAUUGAUGUGUCGUGGCUUCGGGUCCACUUGGAAGCCAUUUACAAUAACAAAAGGAAGGAGGUCAAGAAAAAGUGGAGUUUGCUUACGGAAACAAAAGUAAACACCGUUUUGGUUCAAAAAGCUGCCCAAAUGGAUCUGAGAGAAAGAAGUGCAGAGCUUGUGACUGCGCAGGAACGAUUUAAAGUGGCGGAAAGGUGCGUGAGAGUACUUCAUCUUGUUGAAGAGAAACUUGUUAACAUUUUGGACUGUAAGGCUGAAAAAGACUCGUGGGGUAGACAACCAAUGUUAUAGGCUAACUAAAUCAUGCUAGGUGUAUAAUAGUAGAUUGCCAGAGUCAUGUCUAAUUGUCUAAACGCCUAUUAUGUCUAUGGUAGGAGAGCCCUUUCUGGAAAGACAGGGUAAGUUUAUCUAUAUAGCUUGUUUGCUAAGUGCUUGGGAUUAGAUUUCUGUAUAAAUCAUCCUUUUGGUUUUCUAGUUAAA